AUGCUGUAACAAUGUUUUGGGUUCCUUUCCAAGUAGGAAUAACAUAAAAGUUCUCAAUGUAUAUAUCUUUGCCCUAUGGAAAAAGAAAGCAAGCAAAAAUGUAGGUUGAUUCAGACACAUGUAUACUCUUUGACAGUUUACAUUGUAAUAUUUUAUAUACAUACAAUAUUCCGAGCCAUUUCAAUAAUAAGCUGCAUGCAGGCGUUUCCAAUCUGCAAGAAAUAAUUUAAUUAGUCACUCAUUGUUGGAGCAUCCUUUGGUGGGUAAGUGCUUUCACCCACAUGAGUUCCAUCACUUUCCUCCACUGCUGUCACCUGAAACUCCUCAGCGCUCCUUUCAGUGCUCCGGACCUUCCGAAAGAGUUCUGCAUUGGUUUGGAAUAAGUGCCAUUUUGCAAUGUAUUUAUGUGUGCAUGAUCUCUGUGUUUUUGCACAAGGACAGUGCCAUGCAUUUUUUUUUUUUGUAUCAUAAGACACCAUGACUCUGCCUAGUCUGCUGUAAUAUGAAAUAGUUGGCUCAUGAACCGAUAUAAAUUUUUUAGAUGGAGGGGCUCCAAUCUUUGACAGAACUGAAAGUGGUACAUUAUUUUCUUUGGCUAGGGUUUGACGAUCAACACACAGUUUAAUUUUUUCCUUCCCAAACCACUUGCUUUUCACCAUUUCUUUAAGACUAUCUUCUCUGAGUGAGGGCGAGGUUUUUUGCAGUAUGAAACUGACCGGAGGUGUACACACUGGUAUGACUGCAGUCCACUUCUCCAUGCCAACUCCAUAUUAGCUUGGCACUCACCUAAUUCACAAGAAACAUGAUGUUGUUCCCCCCAUAUUUUAAUUUGAACAUGGAGAGGAGUAGAAGCCCCAUGAAUACUUUUGUUGACUGCAUACAGUCCAUUCUGGGGAUCUAUGCAUUCACUUUUGAGAUGGGAUGAGGAUGAAAUGUCCAUCAUUUUUGCUGUGUGUCUUCGUUCAAUGUACCUUUUUUAAUUUUUUCUGUAAAAUGUCAAAUGACAUUUGGGGCAUUUCUGCAAUACUUUUGGACCCACACGGAUGCCAGUUUUUGUGACUGGCCUGACAAUGGCAGAGGUGGUUGGUUCGGAGGUGGCAGCAGUGGGUGGCAUAGUGCUGGUUGGCACAGAGGUGGCAGCAGUGGGUGGCAUAGUGCUGGUUGGCACUGGGGUGGCAGCAGUGGGUGGCAUAGUGCUGGUUGGCACUGAGGUGGCAGCAGUGGGUGGCAUAGUGCUGGUUGGCACUGAGGUGGCAGCAGUGGGUGGCACAGAGUUGGAAGCAGUGGGUGGCAUAGUGCUGGUUGGCACAGAGGUGGCAGCAGUUGGUGGCACAGUGCUGGUUGGCACAGAGGUGGCAGCAGUGGGUGGAAUAGUGCUGGUUGGCACAAAGGUGGCAGCAGUGGCUGUGGUAGAAGGCGCAGCAGUGGGCGGCACAGAGAUGGCAGAAAAGGGCGGCAUAACAGUAGGUGGCACAAUGAUAGAUGGCACAGAGGUGGCAGCGAUGGCUGUGGUAGCUGGAACAGCAAUGGCAGUAGCUUGUGCAACAGCAGUUGCCACAGCAGUGGGUGUGAUGUUACAGGCAUCAGUGGCACUUGCUCUCUUAACGCUCUUACAUUUGCAGGAACCUAAAUGUGUAAUGAAAUCUGGCUUUCUUAAAAUUGUUGACUGACAGUACAAGCAAUGAUAAUGUUGCUGGGUUCGGCAGGGGC